UUCUGCGUGUGCGCAUUGGUUUGAUUCUUGACGCACGCGUUUUCCGCCAGUCUUUUCAUUGCAGACAUGGCGGCCAAUGCGAGUCCCGUAGUGAGUUCCCUAGUUUACGACUUUUUAUUGAAAGUUGACAAAAAUUUAGCUUCAGUUUUUCAGAAGAAAACCAAAGCGUCUUCGCUAGCCAAAGGUUCCUCAAACCUAAACGAAAUAGUAACUGUAUAUCAAAAAACCAACCCAAAAAAACUCAAAGUAAACCAAGAUGAAAGCGAAGAUAGCAGUAGUGAAGAAGAAGCACCCAAGACAGUUGUAAACGGGAAAACCAAGGCACCUGCAAAAGCCCCAGCCAAAAAUGCUAAAUCUUCUGAUGAUUCAUCAUCCGAAGAUGAAGCCCCUAAAAAACCUGUUGCUGCAAAACCGGUGAUGAACGGAAAACCUGCUGCCAAAAAGGCUGAAAGCAGUUCUGAGGAAGAUGAGGCACCCAAAAAACCAGCUGCUAAAGCUACCCCACAAAAACCUGCAGCUGCUAAACCAGCUGCCAAAAAAGAAAGCAGCUCAGAAGAAGACAGUUCUGAAGAUGAAGCACCUAAAAAAACACCAGUAAAAACUGCCACUCCUGCCAAAGUAGCUCCCAAAAAAAAAGAAAGCAGUUCUGAUGAUGAUUCAUCUGAAGAUGAAGCACCUAAAAAAACACCAGUAAAAACUGCCACUCCUGCUAAAGUAGCACCAAAAAAAAAAGAAAGUAGUUCUGAUGAAGAUUCAUCAGAAGAUGAAGCCCCUAAAAAACCUGCUGCUAAAGUUACACCCGCCAAAGUAGCACCAAAAAAGAAAGAAAGCAGUUCUGAGGACGAUUCAUCCGAAGAUGAAGCUCCCAAGAAAGCUGCACCAAAACCUGCAGUUGCCGCCAAAAAGGCUAAAAGCAGUUCUGAGGAAGAUUCCUCAGAAGAUGAGGCUCCCAAAAAAGCAGCACCACAAAAGGCUGCAGCUAAGAAGAAAGAAAGCAGCUCUGAAGAUUCAUCAGAAGAUGAAGCUCCUAAGACACCAGCUGCUAAAGCUGCACCCGCUAAAGUAGCGCCAAAAAAGAAAGAAAGCAGUUCUGAUGAUGAUUCAUCUGAAGAUGAAGCCCCCAAGAAAGCUGCUGCGCCUCCUGCAGCCAAGAAGGCAAAGAAGGAGAGCAGUUCUGAGGAAGACAGCUCUGAUGAAGAUGAGGCGCCGAAAAAACUGAAUGCUGUGUCGACUCCAGCGCCUAAAAAGGCUGCAGCUAAAGAAGAGCCUUCAGACGACGAAUCUGAUGAUGAUGAAGAGGAAGCCCCAAAAGCAAAGGGGGUGAAGAGGAAAGCUGAUGAUGAGGCUGAGGAAGGGGAAGAAGAAGAGGUGGAAAUGAAGAUUAAGAAACCCAACUAUGAUAACUUUGUCAAGGCUGGAGAAAACAAUAGUUUCAAUGGGAAUGAUAAGGACCGCAAUUCCUUCGGCGGUAGAGGCGGGGGCCGGGGUUUCGGUCGUGGGGGCAGAGGCGGGGACAGAGGGGGCAGAGGCGGUGAUAGAGGGGGCAGAGGUGGUCGCGGCGGUUUCGGCGGCGAUCGCGACAGCGGCGGUUUCAGGAAAUCCUUCGACGGCGGUCGCGGGGGCGGCGGUUUCCGCGGGGGCAGAGGCGGCGACAGAGGGGGCGGCGGUUUCCGCGGGGGCAGAGGCGGCGACAGAGGGGGCAGAGGUCGCGGCGGUUUCGGCGGAGAUCGCGACAGCGGCGGUUUCAGGAAAUCCUUCGACGGCGGUCGCGGGGGCGGCGGUUUCCGCGGGGGCAGAGGGGGCGAUAGGGGCGGCGGCGGUUUCGGUAACAGAGACAGUUUCGGAUCGACGGAAAACAAGAAAAUCACUUUCGACGAUUAGGUGCAUUUGAUGUGACUUUUUGUUAACUAGUUUUUAAUUCACGUGGAUCUUGGGGGGAAAGGGCCAACCAGGACCUCAAGCAUACCCGCGGAAAAUCAUUUAGACACGAAAAAACAAAGAAGAAGCGCGGUUCGUACCGCGGCGGCGCCAUCGACAUGUCUGUCAAUUCAAUUAAAUUCGACUAGUUAAUCAAAUUUUAAAAUUAACUUUACCUAAGCCUAGGUAUGGUGCGUUUAAUUAAUUAAGUCUGACCUGUUUCAGUAUAUUUUUACGACGUUAACAAUUCCCACUAGACUACAUUUCUAUUUGAGUUAAGUAUGUAAUUUGAUAGCAGGAGUUUUAAAUGUUUGGGACUCCCUCUGUUAGUGUUUCAUGGAUUUGCUUGCCGUCAGGCAUAGGCCAGACAAAUUUUUUGAAGUGGUAAUGAAUUGUAUAUUUUGAGUUGUAAAAUUUGUCUGGCCUAUUUUAUUAGUUUUUAUGGAAUCUGUGAUCAUGCUAAUAGUAGACAUUUUGUAUGUGUUUAUUUUGUGUAAAUAAUUUUAAGUUGUGUCCUGUCAUCAUAGAACACAUUUUUCAAUUUAAACAUUGAACAAUUAUAUAUAUUUAUGGAAUUUG